CGAAGACAUGGAGGCAGUGCCUAUACACACCGAAAGCUUCAAGCUUGGCUUCGUCGGAGCCGGCAAAUUGGCUGAGAGCAUUGCCAGAGGAGUGGUGCAAUCUGGUCUUUUGCCUCCUCAGCGUAUUUCCACAGCAAUUCACUCAAAUCCCGACCGUGGUCUUGGCUUCCAAUCACUCGGCAUCCAUGUUUAUAGUUACAACAACGACGUUGUGAAUGCUAGUGAUGUGAUCAUUUUUUCAGUGAAGCCCCAAGUAGUUAAAAAUGUGGUCUUGCAGCUGAGGCCGUUACUUUCGAAGAAAAAGCUUUUGGUUUCCAUUGCUGCUGGAAUAAAACAGAAGGAUCUGCAGGAAUGGGCUGGCCAAGGCCGAUUUAUCCGGGUGAUUCCUAACACACCAUCUGCUGUUGGUAUGGCAGCAUCAGUUAUGAGCUUGGGAGAAUCUGCAACAGAACAGGAUGGGAAAUUAGUUGAGAAAUUAUUUGGAUCAGUUGGCAAGAUAUGGAAAGCUGAUGAGAAACUGUUUGAUGCUGUCACUGGAACAGAUGAUUGCUGGACAAUCAUUUUAUAUAAGCAUGCUAAUUAAGUGUUGUUUUAAAAGCUUGAACUCGAUUCGAGAUAAAGUUGAAUUUAGGUAUGAUGAUGGAUAAUGCAGGUUUAGAUAUUUGUAGGUAU